GUCAUCGACGCAACUUGUGCACAUAUUGUAGCGAAAUUGAUAUCAAUUUGUUUUAAUGGCUGGCCCAUUAUGGUGCCAUUAUAUGGAGCAGGCCGCUGGAUUGGAGCACAGUUUUUACUAUAAUGGCAGACGGUGGCUAUCAAUCAAAUCUUGGCCUUUUGCGGCAGUUCUUGGAUGAGUUUCGCUCUGUUCUGAGGCAGGAAACUCCUGGUCUCAUCCCACGCCUGGCUUUCAACUAUGCCCGCGCCUGUUUGAGUUUGCUGUGCCAGUAUCCCAACAAGAAGUUGGCUACUUUGUCUUUGUACCGCUGGAUCAAUGUGUUUAUCAUGUGCAAUGUGAUGAAUGCUUUUGUGACCAUGGUUUUCGCUCUGCCAGAGUCCAAGAAUGUUAUUGAAAUAGGCGACGACUUGGUGUGGAUUUCGGGGAUGGGCCUGGUCUUCACCAAGAUAUUCUACAUGCGUUUGCGUUGCAACGAGAUUGAUGAACUUAUCUGGGACUUUGACUACUACAAUCGGGAGUUGAGACCGAAUCAGAGGGAUGAGGAGGUCUUGGGCUGGCAGAGAAUGUGCUACUUGAUAGAAUCGGGCCUAUAUAUGAACUGUUUUUGCCUGGUCAACUUCUUCAGUGCUGCUGUUUUCCUGCAGCCUUUGCUGGGGGAGGGAAAGCUACCCUUUCACUCGAUUUGGCCUUUUCAAUGGCAUCGCAUGGAUCUGCAUCCCAGUAUGUUUUGGUUUCUCUACAUCUGGCUCAGUCUGACAUCGCAGCACAAUCUGAUGAGCAUCCUGAUGGUGGACAUGGUGGGUAUUUCCACCUUCCUCCAGACGGCCUUAAAUCUCAAGCUGCUGUGCAUCGAGUUGAGGAAACUGGGUGAGAUGAAGGCCGUAAGUGAUGCCCGUUUUCAUGAGGAGUUUUGUCGAGUGAUUCGCUUCCACCAGCACAUCAUCAGUAUGGUGAAGAAAGCCAAUAGUGCCUUCAAUGCCUCCUUCAACGCGCAGUUGGUGACCAGUUUUUUAUUGAUUUCCAUAUCCACUUUCGAGACCAUGGCUGCGGCGGCCCUCGAUCCCAAAAUGGCAGCCAAAUUUGUGCUCCUCCUGAUGGUGGUCUUCAUUCAGUUGUCGCUUUGGUGUAUUGCUGGUACUUUGGUUUACACUCAGUCUUUGGAGGUGGCCCAGGCUGCAUUUGAAAUAAAUGAUUGGCAUACGAAGGCGCCAGCCAUCCAGAGGGAUAUAUCCUUUGUGAUUUUUCGAGCUCAGCAACCGCUGAUGUAUGAGGCUAAACCCUUUCUGCCCUUUACGCUGGGAACCUAUAUGCUGGUUCUGAAGAAUUGCUAUCGCUUGCUAGCCCUGAUGCAGGAAUCAAUGUAG